AUGUCCAGCACGGCCCAACCGCUGCAGAGUCCUGUGCUCAUCUCGUAUUCGGCUCCUUCAACCUUUCUCGCGUCGCCGAACUGGAGCAAGGUGCACGCGGCCCUCCUCGCACAACUGCCCCUACGGAAUAUUCACUGGAAGUCGCCCUCAAGGGCUUCAGUCAGUACAAUCCAGGAGCUCGAUGUUACUCUCGUUUCGCUGGAGUCAGUAAGGGACGAACUCACAUCACAGGUUCCUGUGACAGUACUUGAAAGACCACUUCUUCAUAUAUAUGUGGUAUAUUGCGAGGAUAACGAUCUAGAAACAUAUCGUACUGUCCUGAAGAAGCAAAUCAAGGAUUGGCAUACGUCCGUCACGACGCGUAGAACUUCAGAAUGGCUGAUCCUCCAAAUAAUUCGACCAGAAUCUCGUGCUCAAACUAGAAAUGUCUUUCAACGUGGAUCCGUUCUUGACAAGCUGAAAACCGAUUUUAACACCGACAAACGCGAUCGGUGUUUGCAGGUUAACUGGAUCACCGGGAACGAGAACCCACUGGUCUGGGCGGAGUUCUUCAAUAAAGUGAAGGAUAGCCUGAUGUUUGCAUUCGACUCCGCAAUCUCACAGCGGCAGGAAGAGGUCAAACGGUCCGAGAGUCAGCAGCAAAUGCCCGGAUGGAAUUUCUGCACCUUCUUUAUCCUCAAGGAAAGCGUCGCAACAUCAUUCGAGGGCACGAAUCUAUUUGAUGGAGCCCUUGUUCCGUACGACGAACUCGAGGAUUCUUUCCAUCUUGUCUGGAGAGAGAAGAAUAUGUCUUGGUUUGGAAACCUGAUUAAUCUAGGCCCUGCAGACGACUCAUCACCCCUCCUGUCCAUUACGAAAAAACCUUACCGCGAUCUUAUUCUCGCCAAUACAAUAUCUGUCUUCGACUUCCGAAUAUACCUUCUCUCUCGUCAAUGUGAACUCCUUGCGAAGCUAGGCCGUAUUGCCGAAGUAACCCGAAGAGUCGGGUCUUUCCUUACCACUUUUGGUUGGCACCUGCGUGAGAUUGAGGCAUCUCUUCCACGAUUCUUCAUCGAGUCGUGGACCUACUCAUCCGCGCUUACCGUGGUUGACCAAUGUAACACUUGGUCGGCUGUCUACUGUUCGGAUGAAUCUGAACAAGCUUCAUGCAAUGCAGGGAAGGGAGAGUUGCUCGAAAUGGCUCGGUCUCAGCUUGAUAGAAUUGGUGUGCUAGUGGGACACCUGCCUUCCACCCCCAAUUUCUUUGUCUCCACAUCAUCGAAACCUUCACCUCGAACUGGCUCGGGUGGUAACAUAACCAACGAAGACCUCCUCCGCGUCAUUGCCGAUCAAUCUGCUUUCUAUGAGACAUAUAUUGCAAUUACCAAUCGUGCCAUUGAUAUGUAUACAAAGGCAGGUCGCCGGAAAUUUGCCUUGAAACUUCAUGGCAGCCUGGCAGCUUUAGAUUUGUAUCGCGGUAAUCUUUCAGCUGCACUUUCGACGUAUACCUCCCUUCCGGCUCACUACGCACCACAUGUAUGGACGUCUUUAGAAUCCUACAUGCUGUCCAGAGCCCUUGAUACCCAUGCCAAACUAAACAAAGAACAGGACGUGGAGUGGAUACACAUUCUUCUUGCGUUUUUGAAGACCUGUGUCGAACAUCAAGGCUCGGAGAUGCUGAUGCCCGAGUCGGACAAGUUGGAGUAUGUGUCGAAUCUUGUGAAGGCAAUGAAGUUGUCCGCCUCCCGAUUAGAUUCAGCACACCCUGACCAUUCCUCUGUUUCCGUAUCGGUGUCCGGUCGUGCACGAUUGGCCAAAACGAGAGACGGAUCGUAUUUGGACGUCACACUCCGAAACCUUCUACCCUGUUCAUUUCCAGCGGAUGAAAUAAUUGUGACAUUGAGCGGUCGAGAUGCAGAAAAAAUUCGCUUUACGUCCACUGUGAAGGGACUUCCGCCAGGGAAAACAUCUUUGGCUUUAUUUUGCCCGACUCCAUCUGCAGGGACUUUUCUCCUAGACUCUACUGAGAUUCGGGUAGCACGUUUAUUCCUAAAGCAAACUCGACGGAAAACGGGAAAGGCCCCCACAUCUUCCAAGCCUGGAAUCCUUGUUCGAAUACCACCCGAUUUGUUUGCUUUGAAUGUACGGAUUUCCCAAUCGGGUCGCAUUCAACUUGGAAAACCACCUUCGUUGAUGGCCAUUCUGUCGACGGGAAGGAACCAUGUUUCACGAAUUAGUUUUCGGUUAUCCGCACCGUCCAUCACUUUUCGAUGUCAAGAGGCCGCUUUAGGCAAAAAUGCAACAGAUGUUACGUUGGAGGCCACUGAAGAUCAUAUAGAGCUCAAGGAUGUCGCCAAGGAUACUACGGUAACAUUUUCAAUACCUCACUCCGAUGCGUCAGCUUUCCAUGCGAUGAAAGUCAAUCUGGCCGUAGAGUAUACGACAAUUGACGAGCCUUCGUUAUCGCGAACUGCGACCUUCGCGGGAGUGCUCGUGACUACUCUGCCUAUCUCAGUCAAUGUCGAAGACUUUUUCCGUGGCACGAGGCUCAUAUCGAAGUUCACCGUUUCCACGACGAGUCACCAACAUGUGCGGAUUGCUGACGCUAGUCUGGACGCUCCAGACGGAGGCAUUGACGGGGUGAAGAUAACAUCAUGUUCGGCUAGGCGUGGUGUUUUUACCGUAACGCCUGCUCAACCCGCCAACUUUCUUUUUGCAUUGGAUUCCGAACAUGGACCUGUGCGAGAAUCGCUUACUUUGUGUAUCAAGUAUCGCAUGCUGCGUGAAGAGGUGGAGUCUGUGAUUCAAGAUCAAGUCCAGCUGGUCUUGGAUGAAAUACCAGAUUCUCAGCAACAUCGUCUCCCUUUAAUAAACCACCUGGUCGAAGAGCUGGAGCGUGAUGCAGCAUGGGUAGACCUGUAUGGAAUCACUGGCGAACUCGUCGCUCCAGAAUCAUCAACUGGAGACGAACAGCUCCGUGAACUCUUAACAAGGGUUAAGAAGCGGCUAAGUGAGCAUACCCAUCCUCAUCCCUCAGAGAGGGAAUGGCGGGAAAUUAAGAUCCCUGUGGAUGUUCCUUACAUGAAUAUUGUUGCUGCAGCAUGCGUACGUCUAAUAUCAACACCAUUUACCAACGCAUCGUCUUCAGAGAAGUUUUCUCUGUACGCUGGGCAGCCCAUAUCAGCCAAUCUUACGAUACAUACAUCCUUCCAUUGGGGCUCAACUGCACAAGAUACUGGUCGUCGAUACAAUCUACGGUUCAAUAUCGAGGAAAUGGUUAGGGAAUGGCUGGUCAGCGGACCCAAACGGGGCGAUUUCAUCGCAAUGGAUGGGGGAAUUCAUGUCAUUCCCAUAACUCUCAUUGCUCUGCACCAUGGGGAAUUUUCGCUUCCCAAAGUCACCGUAACGGCUUUACCCAUGGCAGGGGAUGUGACUAUGGGUUCCAUGGCGGUUCCAAGCAUAGAGACGUACCAAGUACAUGGUGCAGAAAAAGUCUUGGUCCUUCCCCGUGGAGGGAGAAGCACAUUUGUUGUUGGAAUGGGCCCUGGUUAG